GGAGGAGAGGUCCAGCCGCGCCAGAUCGUCGUGCCGUCGUACCGUAUCGUACCGUACCGUGCCGUUCCGGGGGCGGUGAUCGGCGGGAUCGGCCGAGCGGAGCGGAGCGGAGCGCAGCGCAGCGCGGGGGCCCUAUGUCAAGUCGACGUCGGCGACGAGAACGAAGCGCGCCAGCAUGAAGAAGCUAUUCUCCAAGAUCGACAACACGUCGAAGGAGCCCAACAGCUACCUGGGGAAGGUGUUCGUCGUGGGCCGCCACACGGUCACCGUCGAGGAGGUCCUCGCGGAAGGAGGAUUCGCAAUUGUAUUUUUGGUCAAAUCCUCGGGUGGACGAUAUGCACUUAAACGGAUGUAUGUCAACAAUGAACAUGAUCUCAAUGUGUGCAAGAGAGAAAUACAGAUUGCUAGCAACCUGAGUGGUCAUAAAAAUAUCAUAGGAUAUGUAGAUAGUAGCAUAACCCACACUGGCGGAGGAGUACAUGAACUUCUGCUUUUAAUGCCUUAUUGUAAAUCCCAAGUUCUUCAAAUGAUGAAUAACAGGUUGCAAACAGGUUUCAGUGAAUCGGAAGUUCUACAAAUUUUUUGUGACGUUUGCGAAGCCGUCUCGCGAUUGCACCAUUGUCAAACUCCCAUAAUUCAUAGAGAUCUCAAGGUGGAAAACAUUCUGCUCGCCGAUAGCGGUCAUUAUGUUUUAUGCGAUUUCGGAUCCGCGACGGGGAAGGUUCUUAAUCCUAGUGUCCAUGGCGCCGCGGUGGUUGAGGAGGAGAUAAAGAAAUACACAACUUUAAGCUAUAGAGCACCUGAAAUGGUUGAUAUGUACUGUGGAAAACCUAUCACUACGAAAGCAGAUAUAUGGGCUUUAGGAUGUCUGUUGUAUAAACUUUGCUUUUUUACACUACCCUUUGGCGAAAGCACGCUUGCUAUUCAAUCUGGAAAUUUUACUAUACCGGAUAAUUCAAAAUAUAGUAAAGCUCUCCAUUGUUUAAUUCGAUACAUGCUUGAACCAGAUCCCGACAUACGCCCUGACAUUUACCAAGUUUCCGCAGUUGCUUUCCAAAUCCAAGGCAAAGAGUGUCCCGUGCAAAAUUUGCAUAAAGUUCCAACGCCAACGAUAGAGUCUUUGCCAUGUCCACCCAUGGAAUCUGAAAACAUUAAAAGAUCAGCAUCUGUAAAAACUCCGAAGCCCACGCCUAUAACGACGGUCGAAGGCACAUCCGUGACGCCGAGACAAAGACCGAAAGGGCAAGCCGUUAGUACGGGACCGAUCAGUUUGAGUGGUCAAAUCGUGGGCCAAAUAUCAGGCCAAGGAAAUCAGGCGCAAACUACACCGGGGAAUUCUAUCUCUUAUGUUCAGGUAUCGCCACAUGUUUGUACUCCCAAUCAAAGUGUUUCUUUCGGUCAGUCGCAAGGACAGCCGACGCAGUAUAAUCAAUCGCAGAGCCCGAUGAUCAGUCACUCUCCUCUGACUCAGCAAUCGCCCGUCACUGUUCAGGAUAAGAACGUGUUUUACUUUGAUUCAAGGCAGCACGAUGUGAGAGCUACGACGAACGUGAACGAGAAGAAUCUGGAGGCUUUAUUUCCACCAUCAGGAUAUCCGGAUCCGUUCAAAGACGACGCGAGAGCAAUGCCACCGCCUGCCAAAAUACCACCUCCCGUUGCACCUAAACCCGGUAAAAUUCUUUCAAAACUAUCCAAUCCCAGUUAUCCAUCGUCAUCCAAGUAUCCACCGGUCACUUCAUUGCCGUCGAAAUUAUCCAUUCCGACGGGGCCUAACAAGGCGACGCCACCGACGGUGACGCCGCCGGCUUUGCCCAAACCAGUUAACAAAACAGAAAGUUUGAGUCAAAAUAUAAGUUCGAGCGUAUCUCCGCCUGACAGUCCGACAUUAUCAUCUUCACGGCAUAGGAGGAACGUCAGUGAUACGAGUGCUUUUAAUAAAGCGUUUGCAACUGAAACCACUCAAUUUUUGGCGCCAUAUGAGGCUUCGGUCAAACCACGUACCGACGAUACGACUACACCACCGGAACUUCCAAGUGAUACAAGGCCUUGUAUAGCAACUAGUGCCUCGCAUGUACGUGUUGGCGAACUUUCAAGCCUAAUGGGAUCAGAGGGGAGAUCAUUGAGCGCGGAUGUAGCGGCAUGGAAUCCAUUUGAAGAUGUACAACCUUUUAAUCAGUUAACAGAAGAUCACAUCUUCGGUGCUGAAUUCGACAAGAUAAGGAGAGGAAGCAAUACAAGUAUUAGCGGAGUGAAAAGUCGCGAAAGCCUUGUAAUGACGUAUACAGAGUUACCAGAAGAUCCCUUUGAAUCUGCACCCUUUAGCCUGCCAACAGGAAAGAAGAGUAAAAUUGGAUCAAAGACUGCUGCUAUUGCCGGAGGCAAAUCGGCGAACGGUAGGGUGAGAAUGCCCCUGACGCAGUGGAACUCCGGGGUCGAGCACGGCGGCGGCAGCGGCGGCGGUGUCGACGAUGAGGCGUCUCUGAUCACCGAGUCCAGCCCGGUCUCGCCGCCGUUCGUUCGCGCGCCGGCGGAGGAUCGUUCCAAGUACGAGAAGCUGGCGUUCAACGCCGACGAGGUGUCGAGCGACAGCGACAAGGAAGCGAAGGAGGCGAAGGAGCGGGCGAAGAAGGCGAAGAGGCGACGCGUGAAGAACGUGCUGAGCCGCAGGAGAAGAGUCGCGGCCCAGCACGACGACAACGCGGACAACGCGACGAACGCGACGGGCGUCGACUACGAGUCGGACGACUCGAUCGGCUCGGCCAGCGAUCUGCGCGCGAUCAACGACGAGGAGGGCAACGACGGCGAGGUGAACGACGACGACGACCACGACGACGACGACGACGACGACGACGAGGACGGCGAUAAGCGGCGCGGGAAGCACGACGAGACCAUCUCCGAGAGCGUGCGCACGUGCGGCAGCUCCGCCUACCACGCGGAAUGUGAAUCCGUGGCGACGCACGAGGAUGACUACAGGUUGAAGAGACCGAGGAAGCACCACUAUCGGCAGCAGGAGCAACAGCUGCCGACGAUCGACGCGGAUCCGAUCGUCGGCCACCAGUAUGGCGAGAAACCGCUGCUGCUGGACGACGAGCUGGAUCCCGAGUCCAAGCCGGAGCAGUCGCACGGCGAUCCCUUUGUGCGACAUCAGUAUGGCUCGAAGCCGUUGUUGUUCAACAACGGCGACAGCUCGUCCGACGAUAACGAGAAGGCCAAGUCGUUGAACAACGGCAUCUGGAAAGUGGAGGACGACGUGUUCGCCCUGGCUCCUUUUCCGCGGUCCAGCAGCUCCCGGAAGAGCAGCGACAGCCGCGAGAGCGAGUCCAGGAACGUCGAUCUGGGCGGCAGCGCGAGAAAUUCGCCCCACAAUUCGAGUCUGGUGACGCCGAUCUCGAGCUCGCCCAUACCGGCGGAGGUGUUCGCGGAUGUCGUGGUGGAAAGCAAAUCCGCACCUCCGCCGACCAAAUCCGCCGCUCUACCCUGCAAGUAUCCCAAGAGUAUCGCGCUCGCGAAUAGCAAGACUACUAUCUACGAGGAACCGGUGUCGUUCCAUCAGGCGAACGUGCAAACCUCGUCGCCGGUAAAGAGCAGCCCUCACGUCAGCAUCGCCGAGGAAGAGGAGACCGCCGAGAAGGAUCUCUUCGGCUCCUCCCCGUUUAGUCCCAGCGGAUUCAUCAAUCCCUUCAACAACGUUCAGUCCAAUUAUGCGAACAUCGAUGCCACGUCGACUCAGCCCAUGUCGACAAUUCUGAGUCCGGCGGGCCCUUCCUCGUACAUCGAUUACGCCAACUGCGUUCCGCUGCAGGUCCACAAUGCGGCGCCGGACAAUUAUUACGCUAGUCACUCGAGCACGGUCGCGUCCACAUCGAAAUACGGGAUGGUGACGGUGAAUUCUGAAUCAGCGGUCGUCGCGGAAUCGUCCAAGGAUCUCUUCGGGUCGAUUCCAUUCGAGGAAUUUACCUCGCUGAAGCUGAACGAGCAGCAGCAACCACGACCAACGUCUCUGUCGCUGUCGCAGUCGCCGAACUAUGUGGAAAACGUCGCGUUGACAACAACAUUGCCGGUUACCGGGAUCGUGCAGUCCCCGAAGAACACCGUCGUUCAUUCGACACCGACUCCACCGUCGCAGUCGCAAUCGUCGUCUGCUUACACGAUCCAAACGACCACGCACACAGCUAGGAUCACCGUGCACGCGGUCAACAGCGUCUCCAAGGUGGACAUCACAUCCGACAUGAUUUCGCCCAUGUCACCCGAGCCUCUGGUUACCGUGGACGACGACGCGCCGAAGCACAACAAGAAAGACAAGUCCAAGUCGGACAAGUCCAAGUAUCAUCUGAUCAACGAGAAUCACGGUGACGUCGCCGACGUGCUGCCGACCUACAAAGUGUCCCACAAGACCAAGUCGGCGAGCCACAAGAAGACGCCCAAGGGCAAGAAGAGCACGGCCGCGACGGCCGGUUUCAGUAACAUGAGUUUCGAAGACUUUCCCAGCGACGAAAACGAGGAGAGGCAAGCGGGACGGACAAAGGUAGCGCCGUUCGAGGUGAUCCGCGAGGCAUCGGAAAAACGAUUUGGAUCGCUGAAAAGACGCAGCAAUCCGUUCACCUGAAAUGAGAUGGUUUUCAUUAGAAGUUAGUUCUGACACGAGAGCCGCUUAUUAGCGACGCAGGAACAGGUAUAGCAUCGACAUACGAUGUAGUCGAUUAAUUUGUUGUGCAUAUCGUAGACACCGAUUACCUGGUAAAUACCGUUUUAUCGCAAAAUUAUUUGAUUCGUCAGAAUUUUAUCAUGUGUACUGUGAAUGCACAUAUACACAUAUAUACACACAUACAAACGCGCGCGCGUGCACGCACUAAUGUGAUUAGCGAGGUACUAAUCUCAAUAAAAGUGACAUGAUAAAAUUCUCCAACUGAGAAAUCAAUCGACACAGGUUGUAUAUACAUAGGACACAUUUGCGUUUAGAGCGAUUUGUUUUUCAAAACGACGUAAAUUCAUCAGAGUGAAAUUUCGAGUGAAUAAAAAGUUACGUCUCUUUUACAUUACUUGUUUCCGGUGGACAUGCAAAGUCCCCCGAAAAAAAAUGUAUCGAAAUUCGAAAAGUGAUAUAUUGUCCUGAAAGAUCAUAUAAUCUCAAAAUAUGAGAAAUGAGACAAUAUCCCCAAAAA